AUGUCGUUGAGCAAGGAGGACCACGAGAAGCGCAAGCAGAUCUCGGUCCGCGGUAUCGUCGACGUCGAGAACGUGGUGAAUUUCAAAAAUACCUUCAACAGACAUUUGCACUACACCCUGGUGAAGGACCGCAAUGUGGCCACCUCGAGAGAUUAUUAUUUCGCCCUGGCCCACAGUGUCAAGGACAAUCUCGUCUCCAGAUGGAUCCGCACGCAGCAGUACUACUACGAGACCGAUCCCAAGAGAUGUUACUAUCUGUCGCUGGAGUACUACAUGGGAAGAACCCUACAGAACACCAUGAUCAACUUGGGCAUUCAGGGAGCUUGCGACGAGGCCAUGUACCAGUUGGGCCUGGACAUCGAGGAGCUGGAAGAUUUGGAGGAGGACGCCGGCCUCGGUAACGGCGGUCUCGGUCGACUGGCCGCCUGCUUCCUCGACUCGAUGGCCACGCUGGGCCUGGCCGCCUACGGCUACGGCAUUCGCUACGAGUACGGCAUAUUCGCGCAGAAGAUCAAGAACGGCGAGCAGGUCGAGGAGCCCGACGAGUGGCUCAGGUACGGCAACCCCUGGGAGAAGGCUCGGCCGGAAUUCAUGCUGCCGGUCAACUUUUACGGCCACGUCAUCGACACCCCCGAGGGCAAGAAGUGGGUCAACACUCAGGUGGUCUUCGCCAUGCCCUACGACAAUCCCAUUCCCGGAUACAAGAACAACGUCGUCAACACCUUGAGACUCUGGUCGGCCAAGUCGCCCAUCGAUUUCAAUCUCAAAUUCUUCAACGACGGCGACUACAUUCAGGCCGUGAUCGACCGAAAUCUCGCGGAGAACAUCUCGCGCGUGCUCUACCCCAACGACAACUUCUUCGAGGGCAAAGAGCUGCGUCUGAAGCAGGAGUACUUCAUGUGCGCCGCCACGCUGCAGGACAUCAUUCGCCGCUACAAGUCGAGCAAGUUCGGCUCGCGCGAGCACCACCGCACGGACUUUGACGCGUUCCCCGACAAGGUGGCCAUACAGCUGAACGACACGCAUCCCUCGCUGGCCAUACCCGAGCUCAUGCGCAUCCUCAUCGACAUCGAGGGCCUCAGCUGGGAGAAGGCCUGGGACAUCACCGUGCGCACCUGCGCCUACACCAACCACACGGUUCUGCCCGAGGCCCUCGAGCGCUGGCCCAUCAGCAUGCUCGAGAGCAUACUGCCCCGCCACUUGCAGAUCAUCUACCACAUCAACUUUUUGCACCUCAAGCUCGUCGAGGCCAAGUAUCCGGGCGACAUCGAUCGCUUGAGGCGCAUGUCCCUCGUCGAGGAGGAGGGCGAGAAGCGCGUCAACAUGGCCCAUCUGUCGAUCGUCGGUAGCCACGCCGUCAACGGAGUCGCUCGGAUUCACUCGGAAAUCUUGAAAGAUUCCGUUUUCCGCGACUUUUACGAACUCAACCCUGAAAAAUUCCAAAACAAGACCAACGGAAUCACUCCGAGGAGAUGGCUGCUACUCUGCAACCCCAAUUUGUCCGACGUCAUCGAACAGAAAAUCGGCAGCGAGUACGCCGUGCACUUGGACCAGCUGACUCAGCUGAAGCAGUGGGCCAAGGAUCCGGGCUUCCAACGCGCCGUCGUCAAAGUCAAGCAAGAGAAUAAGAUGCGUCUGGCGCAAAUGCUCGAGCGCGACUACGGUGUCAGAAUCAACCCCAACUCGAUUUUCGACAUCCAAGUCAAGCGCAUUCACGAGUACAAGCGCCAGCUGCUCAAUUGCCUCCACGUCAUCACUCUGUUCAACCGCAUCAAGGCGAAUCCCAACGCACAGGUGGUCCCGCGCACCGUCAUGAUCGGCGGCAAGGCCGCGCCCGGUUACCAUCUCGCCAAAAAAAUCAUCAAGCUCAUCUGUAGCGUGGGCAAUGUCAUCAAUAACGAUCCUAUCGUCGGAGACAAGUUGAAGCUCAUCUUUUUGGAAAAUUACCGAGUCACUUUGGCCGAGAAGAUCAUUCCAGCUGCCGAUCUUAGUGAACAGAUCUCUACUGCCGGUACCGAGGCAUCUGGCACCGGAAAUAUGAAGUUCAUGUUGAAUGGAGCCCUGACGAUCGGCACGCUCGACGGAGCAAACGUCGAAAUGGCCGAAGAAAUGGGCAAUGAUAACAUCUUCAUCUUUGGUAUGACAGUCGACCAAGUCGAAGCUCUCAAGAAGAGAGGAUACAACGCCUACGAUUAUUACAAUAAACUGCCGGAAGCGAAACAAUGCAUCGAUCAAAUUCAGGGAGGAUUCUUCAGCCCCAACAAUCCCGGAGAAUUCCAAGACAUAGUCGAUAUGUUACUCAAGUGGGAUAGAUUUUAUCUGCUUGCUGAUUUCGAGGAUUACAUCAAGUGCCAAGAUCGAGUAUCCAAGACUUAUCUCGAUGAAACCAAGUGGGCAGAGAUGGCCAUUCACAAUAUCGCGUCGUCUGGAAAAUUCUCUUCCGACCGAACGAUCGCCGAAUAUGCGCGAGAAAUCUGGGGUGUUGAACCAAACUGGCAAAAGUUACCCGAUCCACAUGAUCCAGCAGGUAUAUAAGUUGAUGAUCUCCUUGGAUGAAUUCGUGAUACUUUUUUAAAAAAUAAAAACAAAAAUCAUAUAGUAAUUGACAUCUCUUAUCAUUCAUCAAUUUGAAUGACAUGACUCUCUCAGAUGGCAUACAAUUUUAUCCUUAAAUCGCGUUGCACUAAUUAUAUAAUUUAUCUAAUUUCAAGUUUUAGACAUUGAGAUUAAGUAGACCGUAACGAAAUUAAAUAUUUGCGAUUUUCAAUUUGUUAUUCACAUACUCGAGCUUAAUAGCGAUAUUUUAAUUUUUUUUGAAUUGCCCUUUUUAAUUUCACUUUAUUUACCAAUAUCUUUUCAUUUUAAAAUUUUGAUUAUUACUGUUAUCAUUAUUAUCACAAGUUUUUAUUUGUAUAGCUUAUAAUAACGUUUGAAGAUAAUACUAUCAUUUUUAAAUUUUAUACAAGAAUGUUUACAGUUAUUAUUCAACUUUUUUGAUCUGAUUUCUUCUUGAAACUUUUCUAUCUUCUCAAAAAUUGUGAUAGAUAGAUCAAUUAUUGUUUUAUCAAACUACUCAUUGCCAUUAUUCAUGAUGCUUUUAAGUUACAGAAAUGAAUAAGAUAACAUUGAACUCAAUGAUUUUUUUCACAUACUCAUUGAAAACCAUUGUUUAGAAUUUUAAUAUAUUUUUCGUUCCUGUCAGCUGAAAAAAUCUUAUGAGAUCAGUACACAAAGCAUUACCUGUUGCUAUUGUGUUUUAUAUGAAUAUUAUGUACAACUUUUAAUUAACCAAUGAACUUGAGAUGUUAUUGUUUUUCAAGAUUUUAAAUAUAAAAAAACAUAAAAAGUCAAAUGAAUAUUUAAAUAAAAAAGGCUGAUCUACUGUUACCAUUUAAGACCAACAAAAUUAAUCAAUCCAUUUUUGAAUAAAAUGUUGUUGAUCAAAAGAAGUAAAAAUUAUGUUAGU